AAAAAUAGCUGCAAACGGGCCCUUCUUCGGGUGGGCUCCGCCUCGUGCGCUUCCAGGCCUCUGAUUCGGCCUGACGUCACCCAGCUUCGGGCGAUUACGUCGGAAAGCCGAGCGGCGACGUGACGCGCAGCCCAUGGAGAGCCGUGGUACAGAAUGGGUCGGAUGAAAGACACCAUCGGCAGCGUAGGGGUAGGCGCGCCUCCCAGUGUGGCUCUCUCACAGCCCCGAUGAAAACCAUAAAUCCGCGCUAGAUGCGCCCCAUCAUAGGGAAACCCUUGCUUAGCCAAAUGUCUAGUUUAGUGACGCUUAGCGCAGGUCGUCCUUUUAAUUAACGCCAAAGACAUCGCUGCGCGCACUGAAUCGGCUUCAUCACCGUAUUAUUUUGUAAGUGCGGGUUUCUGAAUGGAAGCGGACGGGGAAGGAGCGGCAGGUUUGGCGGAGGCCGUGGAAGGCAAUCCGUCAAGCGUGUCCGCAGCUUCCGAUGACACGGACACCGUUGUCGGCGUUAGUUACGGAAUGGACGCCGGAGACCUGGACGCAGCCGCUAAGAAGGCCUUGGUGGCAGAGAUGCCGUCCUCAUCGGGACAGAUGUGUUCAGGUCCCGGGAAGAAGAUUGGGCACAGAGGGGUGGACGCUUCAGGAGAAACCACCUAUAAGAAGACCACGUCGUCAGCUCUGAAGGGGGCCAUUCAGCUGGGCAUUGGGUACACUGUGGGCAACCUGAGCUCCAAGCCGGAGAGAGAUGUGCUGAUGCAGGACUUUUACGUGGUGGAGAGCAUCUUCUUCCCAAGCGAGGGCAGCAACCUGACCCCAGCCCAUCACUACCCAGACUUCCGCUUCAAAACCUACGCACCCGUUGCCUUCCGCUACUUCCGCGAGCUCUUCGGCAUCCGGCCCGACGAUUACCUGUACUCUCUCUGCAAUGAGCCCCUCAUCGAGCUGUCCAACCCAGGGGCCAGUGGCUCCAUCUUCUAUGUCACCAAGGACGACGAGUUCAUCAUCAAGACAGUCAUGCACAAGGAGGCCGAGUUUCUGCAGAAACUUUUGCCCGGGUACUACAUGAAUCUGAACCAGAACCCCAGGACCCUUCUGCCCAAAUUCUUUGGGCUGUACUGUGUGCAGUCGGGUGGGAAGAACAUACGCGUGGUGGUCAUGAACAACGUGCUGCCCAGCGCCAUCCGCAUGCACCUCAAGUACGACCUGAAAGGUUCCACGUACAAGCGGCGUGCCUCCAAGAAGGAGCGAGAGAAGGCCAGGCCCACCUUCAAAGACCUGGACUUCCUGCAGGACCUCCAGGAUGGGCUGAUGCUGGACACUGACACCUAUAGCGCCUUGGUCAAGACCCUGCAGAGGGACUGCCUGGUGCUGGAAAGCUUCAAGAUCAUGGACUACAGCCUGCUGUUGGGCGUGCACAAUAUAGAGCAGGCGGAGCGGGAGCGGCUGGCCGAGGGCCUCCAGGGUUCGGGGGAGCCACGGCCGGUGGCCCAGAAGGCCCUCUACUCCACCGCCAUGGAGUCCAUCCAGGGAGGCGCCGCCUGCGGGGAGUCCAUCGACACGGAUGAUAUGAUGGGGGGCAUUCCUGCGGUCAACGGCAAGGGAGAGAGGCUGCUACUCUACAUCGGCAUCAUCGACAUCCUGCAGUCCUACAGGUUAAUCAAAAAACUGGAGCACACUUGGAAGGCUCUCGUUCACGACGGAGACACUGUAUCAGUCCACCGGCCCAGUUUCUAUGCAGACAGGUUCUUCAGGUUCAUGAAUACCACUGUGUUCAGAAAGAACUCCUCCCUAAAGUGCUCUCCAUCUAAGAAGGGCCGCGGGGUGCUGGCGGUGCCCCACCAUGCAGGCCCGGGGUCCGUGUGGUCGGCCAGCCAGAUGCCCUAUGACCAAGACGACGACACCUUUGACCUACGGGGGGCCCGGAGCUUCCCCACGCUGGAGGAUGACGGCCGGCCAGACCUGCUGCCCUGCACCCCUCCCUCCUUUGAGGAGGCAACCACAGCUUCUAUUGCUACCACUCUGUCCUCCACCACCUCCCUGUCCAUCCCUGAGCGCUCCCCGUCUGACACAUCUGAGCACUCGCGCAGCAGGAGACACACGCAGUCCUUAAGCCACGAAGGGAGGGUUCAGGAGGAGCUCCGCAUGCAUGAGGAGGACCAGCAGACGAUCACCGUGGAGGUGGUGAAGAGGCACGACAGCGAACCCUCCAUCCUGGCCCCAGAGCUGACACCAGAACCCACACCAGAACCUACACCUGAGACCAGCAAAUUUCCUGAGGAGGCCUCGGCUCCCUCUGAGCCCACCCUGGAGCCCGAUGCAGCCAGUCAGCUUUCUGAGUGCGCAAGUCAUGGCUCCCUGGAGGACGAGGAGGAGGUGCCAAUCACGGACAUCUACUUUUUUGCGGAUGGCAGGUACUGGGUUUACUCCCCAGUUCUGCACCGGCGUAAGCCCAGCUCGAGCAGCAUUCAGCCUCCUGAGGAUAGGAGUUGGGUGUAUUCCCCUCUGCACUAUGGCACAGAGACUCAGUCGCCGUCUGACAAGGAGAGUGAGACAUAGAUUCUCCGCAGCUGACAAAGGCGAGAGGACCAGAGAGCUGUAACUCCGGGCGAAUCUGACUGCAGGGGUCGCGACCCCUGUCACAUGGUGGCACGACUGAAGGCUAGAUCCCAGGAGAGAACAACAAAACAAUGCUGGGGAGAGGAAAAGAGGGCGGCGGAAAUUGUGGGAAAGAAUUUUCCCACAGGACGCUAAAUACCAGUUCCCAGACUUCUCUUUUCCUCUUAUUGUAACAAACUUACAUACAUAGCAGAUCGACAGAAACAAAAAAAAGCCCUGUAGUUUUAGCAUGCCCCACCGUGUGCAUAUGUGUGAGCCCCGUCUGUCCCCCAACUGAGGGGUAUGGCCAGCCACCCCCUGACUGUAGCCUCUCAUAACACAAACCACCUGCUAGCUUCUUUUUUUAUUAUCUGUGCACCUUUUUGGAGUAUGUGUAAUAUUGUGAGAUAACAUUUUUCAUUUGUAUUUGUUAAAAAAAAUUAGGAGAGCAGCAACAAGGUACUCGGAAUAUGUUUAAAGAUGGAGGAAAAUGUUAGCCUGUGCUAAACGUCGAUUUACUCUGCGACUGUAUAAGAUCAGAGCUGUUGAAAUGUGUGUGUUUUGUUUUAUUCGGGCAUAGGUGCUCUCUACAUUCCACCUCCCCCCCACCAAACUUCUUUUUCAUGUGAUGAUCGCUUCCUUCCAAGUAGGCAUCACUUCCUACAUAUCAUGUCACUUAAUAGGUUAAACGUGAUUUUUGAGCUCAGUUUGUUAUUAUUAUUGUCAGUUAUUGGUGCCAUGAAUGCUGUCGGGCCUGAGCAUGUGUCGGAAGGACAGCCUUAGCCUGCUGGCCCUCCACAGCCAGCCCUCCCUGUCCUCCAUGCUGUUGACUGGAGAAGAGGUGUAAGAUCUCCUAUGACAUGACCCAGUGAAACCAUCUGUCCAAAACCCGAUCCCUGAGGGAUGCCACAGUAUCACUGCCCUGCGACUGGACCCUAUGACAGGCAUGUGGUUGUGCAAUAUGGGGCAUGGAAUUGUGACAGGGGCUGGUAGCCCUUAGUAGUGGCCAGCAGCCCAUUGAUGGCACCGUUAGCCCAUUGAUGGGACUGGUAGCCCAUUGAUCGGGCUAGUAGUCCAAUGAUGGGACUGGAAGGCCAGUGAUAGGGACAGUAGCCCAUUGAUGGAGCUAGUAGUUCAUAGAUGGUACUGGUAGUCUGUUGUUCGGACCGGUGCUCUAUUGAUGGGGGGCUAGUAGCCCAUUGAUGGGCCUGGUAGCCUUAGGAUGGUAGCUGUAGUCCAUUGAUAGGGCUGAUAGCCCAGUGAUGGUGGCGGUAGCCCAUUGAUGGGCCCAGUGAUGCAGCAGAAGCAGCAGGGGUGUGGUCAGACCAAACACUAACCCAUCCUACCCAACAGUUUAGGAUCAGGUAUCUAUUGUAUAUUUUGUCCACACCUCAACCCAACCAAUGACCACAUCUGCUGGCGGCUCCGCGACAAAGACGUUUACCAGGGAAGGCCAUCUGCUUAAUAACACAGUGGCUGUUUGGCAUUUAGUCACACCCAGGUGUGUGCAUAGUGAAGGAGUUGCGUGUAUCAUGUAAGGUGGGUAUGUGUUUCCAUGGGGACCCCUGCCCAAGCUCUAUUAAAACAUCUUCCAAAGAAGCACAGCAUCCUAUUUUGCUCCAGUAGAAAUGAAGCAUAUAUGCAGGUGUGAUGACAGUACGGUGUGAAACUGCACUGCAUUCUGGGAAACUGACCAAAUUUCAUUGAAAUUGCAGUGAAGAAAAAUGUGAUGAUGAAACAGGCAGUUUGCAGUUACCAGAUUGUCACAGCCUUGUCUUCCCAACUGACAUCUAACUGUCUGUCUUGUGAGUGGUUUGCAACCCAGCCUGCUGUGUACAGUCUUCUAGGUCUAGGUUCAGCGGCAGGGUGCAAAGGUCUCGGAGAUGGCUACGUGCUUCCUCACAACCUCUCAGUCAGUAACUGCCUCUCCACUCAGUCAGCUCAUCUUCUCUUUUGUACUCUGUCUCAGAACGUCAGGUUGUACUGUAAACAGAGGGAGUGUUUUGUUGCAUAUAAGUGAAAGCACUUUUUGUAUAAUUUUCACCUGGAAAACGCAGUCAUAUUACUGAGACUAUUUUUGUUUCUUCAUUGGUGUGAAAACCUGAUUUGGACUGAAUAACUUAAACUGAGAUGCAUAAACGCAGAUGUGGACGUCCAUAUGCUGUAUAAUGGAAGACCUUGCAGAUUCUGGUGGCAGAAACAGACAAGUGGACUGAAAGCAAAGAGGCAUGUUUCUCGGUGUUCAGUGGCCAGUAAUGAGUUACUGCUGUUAUCAGUAACUGCAAAGCAGAGGUCAACGGUCAUAUUUAUGAGUAACUACUUAUACUGCCUUAUGUUAAUGUGAGCAAAUGGCAAGUUUUAGGACCACUAAUGGGAACUUUGUUUCUAUAAUACGUAACUUGUUCGAUUUUAGAGUGGCGUAGAGAGCCGGUUGCUUCAUCAAGUUAUUAACAUAGGACAACAUUUGAUUAGUAAGAAUCACCAGUUUCUCAUGCCAGACCAAGGUGUCAGGAGGGUAGUGUGUGAAUCGCACUGUGGUGGAGUCUUAAGACCAUUCAUUCAUAUUUUGUGUGUGCUUUAAAAAUGCUGUUUACCAUUUCUUGGACAUUGUUUUCAAGCACCAAAAGUUAUUUUCUAAACGACAUAGCAUGUUUUGUUUUGAACAUCAGUAAGCGUAUCUAUUUAUCUAAUCUGUAUAUAUUUAUUUAUUCACUCAUGAAGAUACAUAAAUGGCUUUAUAUGUGUUUGAACUGUAUACAGAAGAGAAUAAAGCAGUUCCUGCUGUAUCAGA